AUGACUAUAGACCCAACUGAUGACUUUGAUAUGCGAAAUAUUUCUCUUCCAGAAAACGAAGCAAAAAGAAAAUGGCGCAAUUUACUAGAUCAAUUCGCGAAAGAAUUAAAAAAAGUUCGUGAACCUCGUUCAGGCGACCCCUCAGAUGAAGAUGGAAAUUACAGGAAUUGUCGAUGUUUCAGAAGGAAUUGUGCUAAGGAUGAAAACACGCCAUCCCAAAGUACAGCAACACCUCGUUUUAAAAGAAAGGCACCACCUGAAAAGAAAGAAGAUGUAGAACAACAAUUAUUAAAUAUAGAGGCAAAAAAACUUGCUCUACUUGAAACACCGGAAGACGAGAAUUCUCUAUUCCUGAGGUCCCUCCUGCCAUAUUUCCAAAAAAUGGAUCCGCUGCAGCAACUACGUGUAAGAAACAAAUUCCAAGACAUAUUAAUCCAAGAAAUGUCACCUCCGUCUACCAGUUCUCACUCCGAAAAUAUUCAUUUUCGUCAGCACCACUCAACUGCUGUAUCAUCAGUGGCCUCAUCGACCUAUUCGAAUGUUUCUUCACCUCCGUCAUCUGCAGACUCAGCCUAUUUGGCAACUCAUUUUCAGAAUAUGUACCCUCUUUAGUUAAACUAAACUGUUGAUCGGUAAAUUAUAAUAAAAACACUAAAAAAUAAAUAUCCUACAUUACAUGUACAUUACUUACCUAAGGUUAACAAAAGCCUUUCUUCAACAGAAAUCGGUCUUUGAAAAUUCGUUGUGCAAUGAUAACAGACACUGCGUAUUUUUUCAUCAUUAUAAUCAAAUGUUUUUAUUGCCAUUCUCGUGUACUAGCGAAAAGCAC